AACUAUCUGUGGACCAAUGGUCCCAGCAUAUUAUGUAUAAAUACCAUAACCUAGUGUUUUCUGUUGUCAUUUUAAUUAGUUUAUCUUAUAAGCAUGCCGUUUGCUUACCGUUCAGGAAUUACCGUCUGAGUUCAGGAAUAUAACCUCUGGAGUUGCUCUAGAGUGACGAAAUAGAUAUCAGUAAAUAUAUAAUUGUGCAAAUCGAAUGUUCUUAAUGUACCUAUUAAAUUAAAGCGGCAUAAUGUCGGAAGGGCAAUCUGGCUCAAGUUCUGCUUCAAACCUACCUUCGGCUUCUAUCAUCGAUACCGAAAUGCCGUCGGUUUCAACUUCAAGCGAAACACCGUCGCCUUCAACUUCGACCGAAGCACCAGCGACUGCAACAUCAAGCGAGGCACCAUCGGCUACAACAUCAAGUCCAGGCCAAAUACCCGCAAAUUUUACUUCGAAUUCUGUACCUUCAACUAGUAACUCAUCAACAACAAAAAGUCCAGACAAACUAGAAAAAGAGAAAAAGAUUGAUCCAAUGAAGCUGAAAAUUUUGUGCAUUCAUGGUCAUAAACAAAACGGUGCAAAAUUUAGAGCAAAAUUAGGUGCUUUCCGAAAAAUUGUUGAUAAGUAUGCAUACCUUACAUAUAUAACUGCCCCACAUGCUGUUGCUGACACGACAGGUGGUGGAGAUCAAGAUCCUAGGACAUGGUGGUAUAAUACUGAAGACAACAGUUACAGCGGAAAGUGCCUUGGUGGGCCAGCCUAUGGAUUUGAAGAAACAUUACAGACUAUAAAAACUGGAAUGGAUAACCUUGGGCCGUUUGAUGGGCUUCUGGGAUUCUCGCAAGGAGCCUGUCUUGUAGGUUUACUAGCAGCCAUGCAGCAGAAACGAUUAUUGCCGUACAGAUUCAGAUUUGUUAUCAUUAUAUCAGGCUACUUAUCUGGAAGUCUUGUUCACAGGGGAUUCUAUGAACAUAAUAUUAUUACCAUUCCAUCUUUACAUGUGUAUGGAGAGACUGACUCCACAAUACCCAAAGAAAUGAGUGAAUGCCUUGCAAGCAAAUUCAAUGACCCUGUAACAUUUGAGCAUCCCAAUGGCCAUUAUGUUCCGGUCUCAGGCGCAGUUAAAGCGAUUUAUGAAGACUUUUUGGCUGAUAUGUACCAGCAAAGGCUAAUAUACAGACAAGAAGUUGAGCGGACAGCAGAAUAGCCAUCUCUCUUUGAAGCUCAUCCCAUGCUUACCAGCCUUUUGAUGGCAGAUAGUGAGUUGCCAGAUGUUCCCAUUUUUACACUAAGUCCUCAUUAUCAGAUGCUUCUACAUCCACCUCCAAAUCCAUCAAAUCCACCAAAUCCGCCAAACCCACCCAACCAAUAAAACUGCCUGGUUUUUAUACUGUGUAGCAGUGUUGUGUCGUGUGCAGGAGCACUAAACCUGGUGUAUUGUCGGAAGUUUUGACUUCAUGUGUCGUCUAUUGAUUAUGACGUCGAUGAUGAGAGGGAAAACUAAAUAUGAGGCUGCAGGAUGACCUAUCAAAGAGUGGAAUGCUUUUUUCUACAGAAUUAAAUUGCCUAAAUGGACAACUAUGACAAUGUCGGUUUAUCGCAGCAGUGAUGCAUGAAUUCUAUAUUAUUAUGUAAUUAAUUAUUUUUGAAGUAAAAUAAAAUGUAUGACUGCUAA